GAACGAUGAUCGCACUCUUUGUCGCUCUUUACUCUUUGCUUUGUCUCUGCACAGCUGUAAAAACUUCUGACAUCAAGGAGCUUCACGUGAAAACGGUAAAGCGUGGAGAAAAUGUAACUAUGGAGUGUAACUUCAACGUGAUCACAAACAAAGAUAAUUUAGUUUGGUACAGACAGAGUUUUGGAAAAUUGCCUCAGCUUUUGGCAAAACCAUACAGUAACGCUUUGGGCUACACAUUUGAUGAGGGAUUUAACGAUAGCCGCUUCAAUGUUACUGUAAAUGACCAAAAGUUUGAUCUCAACAUUAAUGAAUUGAGAGAAGAUGAUGGAGGAGAAUAUUUCUGUGGAGAGCUGGAGGGAAAUACGAUAAGGUUCACAUCUGGAACACGUCUGGAAUUCCAAGAUGAAGAGACCAAACACCAUGGUUCAACCAGAAAGCAGACAGAUUCUGUUACACUCCAGUGUUCAAACAGCAGCAAUGUAGAAGGUGAGAGCUGUACUGAAAACAUGCGCAUUUUGUUCUGGCUCUCCAUUUCAAGAAUCGGAGUUCUCAUCAUUAUGGUCAUUACUCUUACAAUAUUCCACAUGAUUUUGAAAUCAGCAUCUUAAACUUGAUAAAAUUGUGUUUUAAUUCUUGUCGAUGUCAGUCUAACUGUAUUUUCCAGUGCAUGACAUUUAUUCGUUUUUGGUAUUUUUUUGCUGUUAAAGAGGAAGUCCAGUGUUUUUCGCUCUCUUAUUCUUGCUCUGUGAUUCUGUUCAAAUGUUUUGUGCAAUAACAAAUGUAA